UUCUUCCUAAGAACACAGUAACGCGAACCCCAAUCCCCAACGCGUAGCCGCCAGCUCCAGCUUGCCGACGGUGGCGGCGGGCCAGAUCCGGUGCCUAUCUGGACGAUUGCGCCCGGUGGAGUUCCAGAUCCAUCCACGACCGUCUUCUCGCCGGCGUUCUGGCUGCCCCGGCGGACCUCCUCUGUCCGAAGCUGAGACCUUGUGUGGGCAAGUUCUCCAAGGUACUCUGCUGCGACCUCCAUAGAAAACUCUCAUUCCAUUCCUUCUCCUAUCCCAAUGAGCCCAUUCUCCACACAUCGCCUGCAUCUAACACCGCCAUCUGGGAACAUCAUAGAAGAAAUCUCCAGUCUUCAUGUAUGCUUGUCUGAAAGGUGAUUAAGAAGUCAGAUAUUUGGAUUUUGGAGUGAAAUGCAAUUUCUGCUCUGCAUAUGAUGGAUAGAUCAAAGCUCGUCGACUAGUACUACAUUCGUCCUUCGCUGUUUUGUUGCUGCAUCUCGAACUGAAAAUGGAGGGAAGUAGUGGGACGUCGCCUUUAGGAGAGCCCACCGUUCCAGUAAUCCCAAACUGUGUACCAACACUAUCAGUUGUGGAAUCGGCCAAUAGUGUCCAAAAUCAAGAUUUGAGUGAUGCUACCUCAUUUGCAGAAAUAAAUUCCCCAAUGCUUCUCAUUGAUGAUGCGAGUACACCAAAAAAGAAACAAGCCUUCUCUCAAGAGUGUGAUGAGGAAUUGAAGCCAAAAGUGGGGAUGCUAUUUGAUGACAUUGGCUCAGUAAUGGAAUUUUACAAGACAUAUGCACACCAUGUCGGAUUUGGUGUACAUCUUGGGCAGCAAAAGAUCGUAGAUAAUGUGCUUCUGUGGAAGCGCUUCUUGUGUGCAAAAGAAGGCUUUCGGCCCGAGAAAGGUAUGGUUGUUGUUGAUCAUUCCAAGAAAAGGCGAAAGGUGAAAUUGACUAGAUGUGGAUGUCAAGCUUUUAUCUAUGUCACUCGGGAAAGUGAUGGAAAAUAUAAGAUAGCUUCACUCAGUGAAUAUCACAAUCACCCUUUUGUGCCACCUAGCCACCAACACUUGAUUAGAUCUAAUCGUCAAAUUAGCGAGAGGGUGAAGACAACACUCCAUGAUUGCCAGAAAGCUAGCAUCGGGACCGCCUUAGCAUAUAGGUUUCUUCAUGUUGGCGCAGGGGGUUUUCAGCAUGUUGGCUGCACCCAGAAGGACCUACAGAAUCACUAUGGUGAAUUGAAAAAUAAAAUUAAAAAUUGCGACGCUCAAAUGCUAGUGGACCAAUUUGGUAGACUGAAGGCUCUCAAUUUUUCUUUGACUAUGAAGUUGACGAGGUUGGUACAUUAGUUCGUUUGUUCUGGACGGAUGCGACAAGUAGGAAAAACUAUGGUCACUUCAAUGAUGUGGUAUCUUUUGAUUCAACAUACAGCACUAACCAAUAUGAAUACACGUUUGCGCCCUUCACUGGAGUAAACCAUCAUAUGCAAAGUGUCUUUUUUGGGGUUGGGUUUCUACUUCAUGAGACAGCAGACUCCUAUAUUUGGUUGUUCAGGGUGUUUCUUACAGCAAUGAGUGGGAUUGCGCCUAGACUAAUCAUAACAGACGAAUGUAGUAAGAUGAGGAACGCAAUUAAAGAAACUCUGCCGAACACCGCGCAUCGAUUGUGUAUGUGGCACAUUAUGGAGAAAGUUCCUGGGAAGGUACGUCCUGAGUUGAAAAAUGACCUUGUAUUCUAUGGUAGGCUAAAACAUUGUGUGUGGAAUUCUGAAACCCCUGCUGAAUUUGAGGAUAGAUGGAAGUCUUUCAUCAUAGAUUUUAAGUUGGAGGACCAUGAGUGGUUCGCGAAAAGGUAUGAACUUCGUGCAACAUGGAUACCAGCUUACUUUAUGGAAAUUCCCCUAGCUGGUCUUCUCAGGACAACUUCAAUUUCAGAGAGCGCAAACUCAUUUUUUAAGCGUUUCAUCUGUCGCAAGCUUACCUUCGUUGAGUUUUGGCUAAGGUUUGACACUGCUUUGAAGUGUCAGAGGCAGAAUGAGUUAAUUGCUGAUAACACAAGUGAAUACACAACAAGUGAGUUGGUGACACCAUGGGAAAUAGAGAGACAAGGCAGGGCGGUAUUCACCCACGAGAUUUUUGAAUUAUUUCAGGCCCAGGUGCUUGCUGCCAGAGAUGAUUGUGAUGUUCAGGACACGAAAAAUCAUGAGGAGAUUAAAAUCAUGUCUGUGAGUGAUCAAUACAAAAAUAUUAGAGAAGUGUCUUAUGACACAGUAUCCAUGACUGCUAAAUGUUCUUGCAAGCUUUUUGAGUCCAAUGGAAUCGUGUGCCGCCAUAUUAUCCGAGUGUUGAGGGGUGCGAAAAUAAAUGAAUUGCCAAGAAUUUAUGUUCUUAAGCGGUGGGAGAGAAAUUGCAAAAGGGACAUUAUCUUCGACGGGGAAGGGAACAUGCUUGAAGAGAAUUUAAUUGACCCGGUUGACAUGGCUAUGAAAAGGAAGAUAGCUCUCAUUAGGAACAAGCUAGAAGAUCUCAUUCAGAAGUCUAAAGGUUCAAUGGAAGGAAUUGAAUUCCUGCACACUAGUUUGUGCAAUGCUGAGAUGGCUUUAGCCCAUCUCGUACCAGCUGUAGCAUGCAACACACACGAAAAUGAGGAGUCAUUUAUCGGGAGCAUCAUUCCAAAGCACGUUACCAUCCACACACCUGCUGAUAUCAAUGCAAGGGGCACUUGCUCUAGAAUAAAGGGACACAGGGAUGCUGUGAGGAGUGGGUCGAGUGAGAAAAAAAGAAGGCCCGGAAUCCAUCAAAAAGUCGCACGCAAAUGUAGCAUUUCUAAGGAAGUGGCGUUCCAUGAUGCAAGGACAUGCUCUAAGAAACAAAUGACACAACAAUAGAGGUCUGACUUCUCCCAGCACAAGAAGAUUGAUAAGCAAGAGGCACUAGUACUAGAGGCAAAAGGCAGUAGCUUUUCUGUUGUGUACCAAACAGAGCAAACUUGAUGCAAAUUCUGACGGCAAGCUUGUUCAGCAGACAGCGGUGCUUACUGUAGUCCUGCAUAUUUUGUGUUGUCUGUGAUGUACCAAAAAUGGUCCUCUCAUGUUAUGUAACACUUUAUAUGUAUGUGUGUCGUCUC